AUGGUCACGUCCGGCGUGCCCGUCCCUACGGGGCAGAUUCGCCCCCUCGCCGUCGCAAUGGCGUCGUUUGCUGCCUUCGGUGGUUUCCUGUACGGCUACGACACCGGCUACAUCGCGGGUGUCAAGGAGAUGAACACCUGGCUCCGCAUCUUUGGCGACGGCCCGCCCGACGCCAACGGCAUUCCCACGCUCUCGUCUGGCCGCGACUCGCUCGUCACCUCGAUCCUCUCCGCCGGCACCUUCUUCGGCGCACUCGGCGCCUACCCCGUCGGUGACACCCUCGGCCGUCGUUUCGGUAUCUGCGCCUACCUCAUCCUCUUCUGCAUCGGCGUCGCCUGCCAGACUGGAGCGAAGAACAUCGCGACCUUCGUCGUCGGCCGUGUCUUUGCCGGUCUCGGCGUCGGCGGCACCUCCUGCUUGGUCCCCAUGUACCAGGCCGAGUGCGCGCCCAAGUCGAUCCGCGGUGCCAUCGUCUCCGGAUACCAGUGGAUGAUCACCAUCGGUCUGCUUAUUGCCGCCGUCGUCGUCAACGGCACCAAGAACCGCUCGACCGCCGCCGCUUACCAGAUCCCGAUCGGUCUCCAGUUCAUCUGGGCUUUCAUCCUCGCGACCGGUCUCCUUGUGCUCCCCGAGUCGCCCCGCUGGCUCCUCCUCAAGGACAAGGAAGAGAAGGCCCGCAAGGCUCUCGCACGCAUCUUGUCCCGCGACCCGGACUCGCAGGAAGUCAACGAGGAACUCGCCGAGAUCGCGGCCAACUUGCACCACGAGCGCUCGAUCGGCCAGACUUCGUGGCUCGCAUGCUUCUCGAACGGCGAGGGAAAGAACGGACAGCGCGCGUGGACUGGUAUCGGUCUCCAGGCGCUCCAACAGCUCUCGGGCAUCAACUUCAUUUUCUACUACGGCACGACCUUCUUCCGUCGCUCGGGCAUCAACAACCCCUUCAUCAUCACUAUCGCCACCAACGUCGUCAACGUGGGCGCCACCAUCCCGGGUAUUCUCGCCGUUGACCGCGUCGGACGUCGCUCGCUCCUCCUCUACGGUGCCGCCGCCAUGUGCGUCUGCCACUUCAUCGUUGCCGGAACCGGCGUCGGCGUCUCGGCGGACAACAAGGCCGGCCAGAAGGUCCUCAUCGCCUUUGUCUGCAUCUUCAUCGCCCACUUCGCCGCGACCUGGGGACCCUUCGCCUGGGUCGUCACGUCCGAGAUCUACCCCCUCUCGAUCCGUGGAAAGUGCAUGGCCAUGUCGACCGCCUCGAACUGGCUUUGGAACUUUGGUAUUGGCUACGCCACGCCCUACCUCGUCGAUGACAAGCCCGGAUCUGCCGGACUCGGCUCGAACGUCUUCUGGAUCUGGGGCGGGGCCUGUGUGUUGUGCUUCAUCUUCACGUUCUUCUUCAUCUACGAGACCAAGGGACUCGCGCUCGAGCAAGUCGACAUCCUCUACCGCAACUCGAACGCCCUCCACUCGAACAAGUUCCGCAAGCAGAUCCUCGACGAGAACCUCCACGACGAGGACAAGGAGGCUUACUACGCCGGCGCGCAGAAGAACCCGGUCGAGAAGGGCGAGCACAAGGAGGACGCCGUCAUGCGCGACCUCUAA